AGUUUUAUGUUAUCUGAUAUUUAUCUGUGUGUGAUGAAGGUCAGGUCGAGAUAAAACGUUUCAUAUAUCCUCGGAUGUAACAACAUCAACAGACCGUUACUGCUCGGAGUGUUCCUAAACGUUCAGAAAAAUGGCGAAGGUCGUGAAUUUCGUGCUGCUGCUUUGUUUAGCAUCAGGAACAGCCGACGAAGAGGUGUUGUCCAGAAAGAAGCGGAUAAUCGGGGGCUCAGUUGCCGCGCGUGGUCAGUGGCCGUGGUUGGUCAGUCUUCACGGAAAGUUCGUCACAGAGCGGAUACCUAUUUUAGGAAUUCCUAUAGCUUUCCGGCAUAAAUUCUGUGGCGGGUCUAUUCUGAACGAUCGCUGGCUACUCACCGCUGCCCACUGCUUCGACGGACCCCAGGGUCAGAUCGCAGACAGAUGGGAGGCUCGAUUGGCGGCCACGUCACUGCGGGAUAAUAUUAUAGACACAUUGCGGAAUAUUCUAGCCCAUAUUGUGGAUAGAGAUGAGUGGCGCACGUGGGAAAUAGAUGCCGACAGAAUCGUUAUCCAUCCCCGAUAUAACGCAUCAGAUUACUGGGCGAAUGAUAUCGCCCUGGUACGCAUUGAAGAGCCUGUCCCCUCGGGCCGUCAGUUUUCCCGUAUAAUGAGUAUCAAUCUUCCUACCUAUGCCAACUACUCAUUCCCGGCCGUGGGGAUGGCUUGUACCAUGAAGGGCUGGGGAUGUACAUCCGGGGGGGGACUUGUGUCUAAUCGAGCAAACUCCAUUGUACUUCCGGUGUAUGACAAUGCCCACUGCUCCAUCUUGCAGCGAGCCUCCAACAAACACAACCGUAUCUGUGCUGGUUAUGUUAACUCCAACAUGGGCAUUUGUCCGGGUGACAGCGGUGGGCCACUUUCCUGUAUGAAUGACAGAGGAGAAUGGAUCCAGGUAGGCGUGGCCUCAUUCGCGAGCGUGAACCGUCCUGGAGAUUAUCCCGGUGUCUUUACACGUGUGUCUUCAUACGUCAACUGGAUAAACAGUGUCAUCAACUAAAAUAUCGUACAAGAUUUUUCUUACAGAGAAUACUUGCAAAACAUCGAUAAUUUGUUCUUGGAAUCUUCCAUUUAACUUAUAUGUAUAGAAAAUUGAAAUUACACGUGUUGUUUUGUCAUUACAUGUUUAUUAAAUGUUGA